AUGUCAAAAACGCGAGAUAACAAAAAAAAGAAUGAUGACUUCGAAAUAGAAGAAACCACUACUAAAUAAGAGGUUUCCAAUACUGCUCCUUAACAAUAAUAAGUUGCUGAUAUAGAAGAUACUCAUUAUGAUAUUGAUCCAAUGAGGAAAAAAUGUACAUACUGCAAUGUCGAGGUAGUUACUUAUGUGGAGCAUGAAGGUCACCCACUAUUUAUGCUUUUUGCGAUGAUUACUAUCUUUAUUUUUGGCUUCUUAUGUCUUAUCAUCCUGCCAAUAGCCUAUAUGGUCACUAAAAAUGCAGUUCACAGAUGCAGCAGAUGCCUUUAGAAACUUGGAGAGAAAAAGAUGUUUGGACUGCCAUCAAAUUUCACUGAUGAGGUAUAAAUAUCAUUGUUAUUAGUCAAUCAGUUUGCUUAUUAAUUCCUUAUAUAGAUUUGGUAAUUCAGGCUAGGCAAAUGCCAUGUGGUUAUUUCAAGAGGCUAUGCAGUUGGCGUACUUGUGAUAUUUACAAUUCUCUCUAUGUAUUAUGUGUACAUGAGACCCUCUUACUCGACACACUUGUCCCCUUAUGAAGUCCCCAAGGAAAGCAGACCUAUUUCUUACUCUUGGGAAGAGUUUUUGAACGACUGUGGUGGUGCAGUGAUAGUUGAAAACAACGUGCAUGCUAGAAACAUCUUCAAUCAGAAGUACGAGUCAAACAUCGUUACCUGGUAAGGCUUUUUCGCUGAGAGUAAAGUCGCUUAGGGUAUUGUGCCUUUUAUCGGAUCAAGCCAUCAUAUGAACUUUUUGAUCAAAAUGUCGCCUUCUGAAUCUCCCUUGUACCCAGAUCUAGUCCUCUCCAUUUCAAGCAAGCAAUGGAACGAGAAGAAAUAAAUAAUUAACAACCUUAAGAAAGGUGAUGAGCUGAAAUUCAAGGCAUAGAUUGUGACUCUUGGUAACGAAUUUAAACUGCAUCAUUUGCACUGUGAAGAGUUUGAACUCACUGGUGGUUUCAAGGAAAUUAACGAUAUCAUAAUCAGAGAAAGCACUCUUCCUUGA